CUAGCAUGGUUCAUUAACGGCACAGCUUUUAUUUUCCAUACCCUACAUGUUUCUGGACUGUGUUGGCGAUUUUUAAACUACUUAUCUUUGUUGUCAGUGAGACAGUCAGACUUGUGUUUUUGUAGGUGGCGGUAAAACUUCUAGCUAAAGUUGUGCGCCAGAAACGGAAAAAGGAGAAGAAGAAGAAGAAGAAAAGCAGAGCAGCAUGGCUGUAGACAUGAGACUACCGACUAUUAGAAAAACAGUGUCGUUAUCAGUUGAUGCUUUUGACCGAAAAGACCUGGUCGUCCCCGGCGAUGUUAUCACUUCAGACACUGGUUUCAUGAGGGGUCAUGGCACCUACGUGGAUGAAGACAAUCUGACAGCUUCAGUCGCCGGAGAGGUGCAGAGGGUCGACAAACUCAUCUGUGUCAGACCGCUCAAGACCAGAUUUAACGGCGAGGUUGGAGAUGUUGUGGUUGGAAGAAUUACAGAGGUUCAGCAGAAACGGUGGAAGGUGGAGACCAACUCUCGGCUGGACUCCGUCCUCUUGUUGUCUUCUGUCAAUCUGCCAGGAGGAGAGCUGAGGAGAAGAUCAGCAGAAGACGAGCUGACCAUGAGAGAAUACCUUCAGGAGGGAGAUCUCAUCAGUGCUGAGGUGCAGUCUGUCUUCUCAGAUGGAGCCCUGUCACUUCACACCCGUAGUUUAAAGUACGGAAAAUUGGGUCAAGGUGUGCUCGUACAGCUUUCCCCCUCUCUGAUCAAGAGGCAGAAAACACAUUUCCACAACCUGCCCUGUGGUGCGUCCAUUAUCCUCGGGAAUAACGGCUUUGUGUGGUUGUAUCCCACGCCAGGACAGCAGGAGGAGGAAGCUGGGGGCUUCUACACCAGUCUGGAGCCUGUUAGCCUGUCAGAUCGAGAGGUGAUUUCACGGUUGAGAAACUGCCUGCUGGCUCUGUCUGCACACAAGGUCCUCCUGUAUGACACUAGUGUUCUCUAUUGCUACGAAUCUUCACUUCAGCACCAGGUCAAGGACAUCUUGAAACCAGAGGUGAUGGAGGAGAUUGUAAUGUUGACGCAACAGAAGCUGUUGGAACAGGAAGGUUGAAGAGCUCAAAGCCUCGUCACAAAAACCAAAAUCCCAUCAAGCAGCUGUGUGACCUGACUGCUGCCCAUUUAUAUGAACAAAGAAUUGCCUUUUUUCUUAGAUAUGUCAAAGUCAGGUGCGAGUUAAAAUGUUUUGUUUUGUUAAACGAAACUAAAGUUCAUUGUUUGAAUGGAAAGGAUGUGUAACUUCUGAAACAUUCAAAAAUCACUGGAACAGCUGUAUGACAAAGGCCUGGUGGAUCAGUUUUGAUAAUGUGUGCUGUUAUACAAAUAAGUAUUGUAUGCAAUAAAUUUUCUGUAAUUUCUAUAAAUUG